AAAUCUGUUAUAGUAAACAAAUGUGGGAAAGUUGAAAAUUCACGAACUUGAACCUUAUUUGGUAAUCUUUUGAUAACUUACUUUGUUUUGACUUUCUGAAAUGUUCCCUAUCAAUGUCUGUUUCAAAAAAUAAAACAAGAAAGUUCAAGGUACAUGAUUUCCUUGAUUGGCGAUCGAGUUCCGCGUCAGCUGAAGGGUUGAUGUAGAUGAAAUGCGAAGGAUCGUGACUAUUACACGACCAUUCAGUCCGAAAAAGGGUUUACCGCUGACCGUUGUGCGCUAGUGGAAAUCCACUUUAUUGUCAUCCAAGAUGACAACUUUGGACGAUAAAAUUCUCGGUUUAAAAACCCAAAAUUACGUAUCGAGCUCUGAAAGUGAAGGAGAAGAUGAGGAUGAUAAAAUUAUGGACGAUGAAGACCCUAGAGACGAUAACAUCGAUCUAAGCGAUGUAGCAGCUCCUUCGGAUUUUCGACUUGAAGUUCCGAAGACAGGACCAAAAGGUGUAAUUCAAGACUAUCGUCGCUAUAAGCAACUUGAGACUGAACAGCGGAAAGAAAAAGAGAAAGAAAUUAGAGCAUUGGCACAGAAGUUUUCUGUCUCUUGCCAAAGCAGUCUUGAUGAUGAAAGAGAAAAGGAACUUCUUAAGGAGCUAGAGCUCGAUACUGAUGAAUUCAUUCAACAAUACCACUUACAAAGAUUACUUCAGUUAAAGGAAGAACAGGAAAGAAGACUUCAAUUAAACAGCCCCAAGUUUGGAAAAGUAAUUUCAUUACAGAACAAGGAUCAGUUUCUUGAUGCUGUAGAUAAAGAAAACCCAAAUGUGAUUGUUGUGGUUCAUCUUUACAGUGAGGAUCUUCAAAGCUGUAGAGCUAUGAAUGGUUGUCUGCAGUGUUUAGCCCAGCAGUACUCUCUGGUCAAAUUUUGCAAGAUCAUUGCUAGGGAAACUGGUAUUAGCAGAAACUUUACAAAAGAAGGCCUCCCUGCUUUACUUGUUUACAAAGGUGGACAAACUAUUGGCAACUUUGUUAAGCUGGAAGACACCUUUGGACAAGACUUCUUUGCUUCUGAUGUAGAGAGCUUCUUGAUUGAAAAUGACAUUUUAACUGAGGAAUUGGAAUGCCAGUUGACAGCAAGUGUGACAGCUAAAAAAGAGGAUGAUAGUGAUAGUGAUUUAGACAUAGACUGACAAAUCUAUGUCUAACACUCUAUUUUGAUUGUGUAGUCUGAGAGUGGCCCUAAGAAGGAUUGAUAUCAGUAUUUAGGACUGAAGUUUCAACAACUAUGGCAAUAGUCACGAUUUUAUUCAAUUUACUGUGUUGUAUCACCUUUAACCCUUUACCUCUCAGAAGUUGUCAAUAUGUGUAUGUAACUUCUUCCUAUUAUAUCCAUACGUUACCCAGCAAACUGGUAAUGAGAAUACUCAAACUCAUCAUGUAGAAGUUGUUAUUUGUUAUCUUGAUCUAACACCAAAUUCUUGUUACUAAUUUACAAGAGAAUGUUUAGAAGUUCUAGUGGAGAAUUAUCAAUCAGAUCUUUGUAGUUAAAGGGUUAAGGUAACAUAGGAAAAUAUUGUUUUAAAUUUGCAGAACUUUUGAGUCAUCAGCUGCUCUGUUCUACAAAUACAGCAUACCCUUGGUUGCUAAUUUAAAGCCAUUAUAAAUUAUUUGAUAAUAAGUAAUAUAAUUUGCAGUUAAGCACACACCAUAAGCAUUUGUUAUCAUUGUAAAAAAUAUAUAUAUAUCUACUAAGUAUAUAAAGCUUCUAAAAAUUGUUUUGCAACAUAAACAAGAAAGAGAAUUGCUUUUUAUCAAUUGUUUGCAACUGCAGCAAAUUUAAAAGGUUGCACUCUGAUGAAGAGUUAAUGCUGCCAAUCUAUGUAUCUACCUUUUGAAUUUGCUCAGGAAGUUCAAUUUCCUUUUAUUAGGAGGAAAUUAUAUUAAUUAAAACUGCUUUGUGUAUAUAUUUUGGGUUUUCUUUGUCAUUUACCAAACAUUUGUGAAGACAUUCAAACUAAACUUUCAGUAUACUGUGACAGGUCAUUUUUACCUCUAACUUUCAAAUCAAGUUCUGGAAGUAAUAUAUUUUUAUAAAAAUAAAAAGAUUUAUUUCAAUUUACUGCUCUAUAGUAAACUACUUCUGACAGGUAUUUUAGUUGCUAUAAUCAAAUAAAUGUGUUAACAUCAAUAGUAAGUAUUCAGAAUCUGAUUCAACAGCCUCAAUGCUUUUUCAUCAAUUUAUCACUUUAACUCCCAUGAGUGACCAAGACAGAAUUUCUCCUUACUCUAUCUAGACAAUAUCAUGCAGACAAGUGAUAAGAAUAAGGAAAAAUAUCAAUUAUAGGAUUACUUAUUGAUCUGAUACCAAAUUCUCCAAACUAACAUAAUGAUAAUUAUUUGGCAGAUAGUAAGGAGAAUUACUAAUGAGAUAUUGGGAGUUAAAGGGUUAAUUAAUAGAUGCCAUGUUGCCAUGUGUCUGUUCAACAAUUUAACAAAGAUGACGUCAAAUUAUGAUAAGAGUUGAAAACUGACUCUCAAGGCUCAGCUGAGUGUGUCACAGAUGUUCUUACCACAUUCUGACAUCUUUU